ACUUUUCCCUCAGUAGCGCACCAACGUUGCGUCCAUCAACUCUCUAUCGAAGAACGACGCUCACGAGAAAAUAACGCGACUGAAUCUCUCGUAAUUUUCGAAAUUUUUACGCGCGAAAAGAACAUGAGACACUUUUCGGUCUGGUUCUUUUAGUGGGGACACGUUUUAUUAUGGUUUUUUGACUUUUUAUGGGAAUAGGACCAUGGGCGCGAUCGUUUUAAGGAUUGUUUUUGUUGGAAUUUUCGUUAAAGAAAUCCUUGCGGCCCAACGUUUCGAAAAACAGCCGGUUUACACGGAGGUGAACCCCGGCCAAGACGCCUAUUUAGAAUGUAAAGUGUUCAACAAAAGGGGCACGUGCUCCUGGCAAAAGGACAAUAAGCCGAUGGGGAUGUACCCUCAUAAGUACGAAUGGGUGUCUGCCAGUCAACAAAACGGCGAUUGCUCGAUCUAUGUUAGGGCAGCCCAGUUGGAGUUUGACGAUGGGAAUUGGGAAUGUCAAGUGACUGCUAGUGAUUUUCAUACCCAGGACGCUCUUACCAGUCACCCCGUAAGACUUGUGGUCAGAGUGCCCCCUCAGAGGCCACGGAUCGAGUACAACGGAACCCAAGUGCUUCCCGGACAUAAUCUUACCACCACCCAUGGGGAAGUCGCUGUCAUCAAGUGCGUAUCCCACUAUGGAAACCCCCCGCCCGUAUUAAAAUGGUUCCUCGAUCAGCAAGAGAUCACCCCGUCCAGGCGACAGACGAACACCACCGAGCUGGACAACACGAAGACGUGGCUGGCUGUCUCUGUACUGGAGCUGACCAUAUCCAAGGAGAACCACGGCAGGAUGCUGAGCUGCGUAGCUGUCCACGAGAGCUAUCCCACCAAGUCUAGCAGCAUCGAUGUCAGACUGGACGUUAUGUUUGUACCGGAGACUCGUCUGGUCGGUAUUCCCACCACCGACAUAGAAGAUCUGAAGGACUCGGUGGCCAUAAGAUGUGUGGUGAGUGCCAACCCAAAAGCCUCCGUUAUAUGGAGAAAAGAGGGUCAGAACCAGCCGGUCAGUCUUCAGGAGCUAUUGCAAUUCAGCCCCGCAGUACGGCAGUACUCUGGAUUGUACACGUGCCAUGCCAGGAAUAAGGCGGGAGAUUCUGUGCCCAUUCGAGUCCAGAUCGACGUUAAGUACCGUCCCAAGAUCAUCAGCGUGGGACGUGAAAGGGUGAAAACCGCCACCCUCUUCUCCCCGGUGAACUUCGAGUGUUUGGGGGAGGGAAACCCUCCGCCCACUUACCAAUGGGUCCAAAAGAAGACCGGCGAUCAGACGGAAAACGUGAUCGAGAGAGGUACCGAGGCCAAACUUCAUAUUAGGAACGUUUCGUACGAGUACCAGGGCGAGUGGAGGUGCAAGGUGACGAACAUUAUCAAGGGCCAGGAGCAGAGUGAUAUUAGUGAACCGAUUAUUUUGCAAGUACAUGGUGCGCCCCAGGUUCUGCGCCACACAGCCACCCCGGACGUCUACGUGGAAAGUGGCCAAUCGGUAGACUUAAGUAUGGUGGUGUGCGCAGACCCCAGACCACGGUCAGUGGCGUGGGAAUGGGGGUCGCUGCGCCUCGAAGCCGGCAACGAAAUGGGUAAAUUUAAAGUGGAUGACGUGAUUCAGGAGAAGGGAGGAGAGGACUGUUACCUGACGAGUCUUCAUAUUAAGGAUGCCUCCGCCACCGACUCCAGGACUUACUAUUUAUUAGUGGAGAACGAUAAGGGCAAGGAUAUGCAUGCCGUACAGCUGUACGUUAAUGAGCCCUUACAGAUGAGCACGCUCGUGAGUGUAGCCGGAGCCCUCUUGGUUGGCUUCCUGAUACUGAUCUGCGCCUGCGUAUACGCGGUCAGGGCGGAACGUUGCUGCUUUUCACGCAAGGGAGACUUUAAGCCAUCGGAUAUCGACGGCCAAAAACUAGACAUCGAGAAAAACAACCACCACCAGCACCACCCGAACCAAGGAACCCUCGCUCCGGGAGGGUUGCUGGGUCCCGGCGGUAUCCCGGCGGACGCGAUCUACACGACGGGACCAAGAGGUAACGCGGGCGGCGCCCCCCAUCCCGACGCCAUGAAGCCUACUACCACCACCACCACCUCCACCACAUACCACACACUCAACAACAGUAGUUUCCAACGUCGAUACCGAGAGGGUGCAGCAGGAGCUUUGGAAAGUCGAUAUUUCAGCUUCAGUCGUUACGAGCCACCCCUACCUAAUAACAACUGGUCCUACGGUAGGACCUUGGGGUCUAGUAGUACUAGGGAGGCCCCUAAGGGUCGCCCCAAACCCUUACAAAUGGAACACCAGGGCUACUACGAUCUGGUUUUCCCUAGGAAGGGUAGUAGUACCUUUAGGGCUGAGCUGUAAAUAGUAGUGGUGUGGUUAUGGGUGGGGCGUUUUUCUAGUUUUUAUUAUAGAUUUCGUUAAGACUGACUUAUGUUGAGUUGAUUUUAUGUAAAUAAUAUGCGGUGGUGAACGGCCCUUUUUAGGUGAUUUCUAACCCUUAACUUAGCUAGAGACGAAUUUAAAUUUGCAAAAAAUGAGUAUAUAACUGUUAGAGUAGAUUUUCUUAUAUAUAUAUAUAUAUAUAUGUGAUGUUACAAUAAAUAACUUUAUUAUAUUAUAAUGUUACAACUAUAGGCUUUAAAUGUAAAUUCUAUACUUAGAAUGUGAAUCAAAUGGAACAUAUGGUCAAAAAGGGUGGUUUUUUCUUUUAAAUUAUUUGUGUCAUAUAUAGUUUUACCAAAGAAAACCUUUUACCAAAUAAAUAAAUAAAUUUGUUAUAUUUUAUUAUUGUUUAUGAUAUUGUACGUGUUUAACGGUUUUAAUAUUAAUAAUAAAUGUAUAUUAAUGUCUUA